UAUAUUUCAAACAUUUCGAAAGACGAAAAUCAUUAGUUCCCGUUCCUUUUGAUAAGCACUCUAACUAUCUAUAACGACGACAACAAGUAUCACUCUUUAUCACUUAAAAUAUAAAUUAUAUAAUAGUUUAAUUAAAUGUAGUCUGAGACGCACGAAAAACAAAACAAACACCAUAUCAAAACACUUUACCGCGUUAUUUUCCACGAUCUGUUAUCCAUGUUAAAGAGUUCAAUGACCGCAAUUUUAGCAUAAAAAGAUAAGCCUAUACUAUAAUACCAGCAAUUCAUAAAUUCGUAAUAUACAAGUGUAAAAAAAACUCGAACUUUGAGUGUUCGAAAAUUGCAACAAUAUUUCAUGCUCUUAUCUCCGCCUGAAGUGUUAUAAAAGUGCGUACACACUACACAUAUUUCAGCUACAACAUUAUUAUGAUUCAAAUAGAUUAACAGCGCCGUGGCGAUGAUGGCAAUUUCUAAUAUUAAAUAAACGCUCGACCAGUUUAAAAACGGCGCCCUCGUACGAUUCGCACACCACAAAACCGAUCGCACCGUGUCGCUAACCAUAUACGCAUUAUCGAUCGCAACAGAAAAAUACGAUUGUACUUAUCUUGCCGACUAUUCCAAUUUUCUUUUUAAUUUCCCGCCGGAAAUCGCCAUCACGAGUCCACGUAAUAUAUAUAUGGGGCAUACUACUGCAGCUACGAUGCGCACCGGAAUGUCUUUGGUAUCGAGCGCUGCUGCGGUGAUGAUGUUCGCGUUGGCCGUGUGGCCGGGGCCCGUUCCCACGGGAUGCGCGAGGAUAUUGGCCGUGGAGACGGUGGGCGGCAGGAGCCACUGGAACUUCAUGAGUGGCAUUAUCAGGGCACUGGUGGACAACGGGCACACAGUCACCGCGUUCACGCCGUUUUUGGACGGUGACCGGGACAAUUACACAGAAGUGGACAUAUCCAGAGGGUUUCCGGUGGGCCUGGACCUGGACCUGGUCGGGCUCUUGGACCACUUCCGCAACCCGUUCUGGACGUACGGCGCUUUCGUGGAAAUGGGUCGGUCGCAGUGCGACGUGAUUUACGGCAGCGACGAGAUGAGAAAACUGUUGCAGGACCGACCACAGUCGUCAGCCGCGGGCUUCGACGCCGUGCUCAUCGAAUCGUUUUGGUCCGAGUGCAUGUCAUACGCGGCCGCUCGGCUCGGGGUGCCACUCAUCUACGUCACGCCGCUGCCACUGAUCGCGUUCAUGGAGCACGCCAUCACCGGUCACGUGUCCAACCCCGCCGCCGUUUCCAACCUGAUGACCGUGCACGCCGUCCCCGAGACGUUCGUGGAAAGGUUGAGCAACGUGGCGUUACUGGUCUGCGGUUCGGCCUUGCAGCGGUACAAGGAGCUCGUGCUCAAGUACACCGAACCACCCAAGGAGUACGAUCUACUCGAUCCCGUGCCACCGUCUUUGGUGUUUGUCAACAGGCAUUUCAUUAGCGACGCCCCGAGUCCGGUGCCCAGGAACGUCGUCGACGUGGGCGGAAUACAUCUAAAAGUGGCCAAGAGUUUGCAAAAAGAUGUAUUAGAAUUCAUCGAACAAUCGCCUCAUGGUGUAAUUUAUUUCAGUUUCGGUUCAACAGUAAAAAUGUCUACAAUACCGGAAAGCGUAAAAAAAUCAUUGAUAAAGGCGCUCGCACGAGUCCCACAAAGAGUGUUGUUGAAAUACGAAGAUGAAAUGGAAGACAAACCAAAAAAUAUGAUGACGAAACAAUGGCUUCCCCAACGCGAUAUACUUUUGCACCCCAACGUGAAACUGUUCAUCAGCCACGGCGGUAUAUCUGGGCUAUACGAAGCCGUGGACGCCGGUGUCCCGGUCCUCGGGUUUCCUUUGGUCGGCGACCAACCGAGAAAUAUUGACAACCUGGUCAACGCCGGCAUGGCUAUUUCGAUGGAACUACUUUCCGUCACCGAAGACUCAUUCUUAAACAACAUCUUUGAACUCCUCAACAACAAAAAGUAAUUAUAGAAACGUACUAGUGGAAAAAAUAUUAAAAAAACGUCGACGAUAAAUUAAAAUUACGAACCACCGCAUGUUUCUGUAAUAAAAAAUAAGGUCCGAAUUUAAAAGCAAUAAAGGGGGAAGUAGCCUCGGUAUCUGAUCUGCUGAGUAAGUCCUAUGAUAGGAUAUAAUUUUUGUACAUAGAAACUUGAUAUAAACAUAGAGGUGGCGGAGAUCUAUUUGGAAAAAUCUUACUUUUUUCAAAGUAAAUUAUGUUAGGUACCUAUUCGAUGAUAGGCUCACCUAAAAAUGUAUAAGUACAUUUUACUAACAUAACAUGACAAAAAUAUCGUUUUCCUAUCGCCAAAGCGUAUACGUAUAAGUUUCAAGUGUUAUUAUUUG